CCUCCACGGCCUCGGCAAUCCUGCCACACUUCGCACCACGAGAUUGGUUUACUGUUACGUAGUCAACUUUAAUAGUGCGAAAAUGAUUUCCUUGGAUUCUGGACCAGGAAUGGCAGCUCUCCAGGCGUGGGGUGGUCAAGUGGCUGCCUACGGAGCCGCUAACCAAACCGUUGUCGAUAAAGUACCACCUGAUAUGCUACACAUGGUCGAUCCUCAUUGGUACCAAUUUCCACCUAUGAACCCACUAUGGCACGCCCUAUUAGGCUUCACAAUCGGAGUUCUUGGCUUCAUAUCAAUUUCGGGUAACGGAAUGGUCAUUUACAUUUUCAUGUCAACAAAGAGCCUUAAAACACCAUCAAACCUUCUCGUAGUGAAUUUGGCAUUCUCAGACUUCCUCAUGAUGUGUGCUAUGUCUCCAGCGAUGGUCGUUAACUGUUACAAUGAAACUUGGGUUUUCGGACCUUUUGCAUGCGAGCUAUAUGCUUGUGCUGGUUCAUUAUUUGGGUGUGCCUCGAUUUGGACGAUGACAAUGAUUGCUUUCGACCGCUAUAAUGUUAUUGUGAAGGGCAUUGCGGCAAAACCAAUGACGAACAACGGCGCUCUUCUACGCAUUCUUGGAAUUUGGGCAUUUUCGCUAGCUUGGACCCUUGCACCCUUCUUUGGCUGGAAUAGAUAUGUGCCUGAAGGAAACAUGACUGCAUGCGGUACUGACUAUCUGUCUAAAGAUUGGUUUAGCCGCAGUUACAUUCUUAUUUACUCCGUUUUUGUUUACUUCGCCCCACUUCUUCUCAUCAUAUAUUCGUACUUCUUCAUUGUGCAGGCCGUAGCUGCCCACGAAAAAGCAAUGAGGGAACAAGCGAAAAAAAUGAACGUCGCCUCUCUCAGAUCAUCUGAAGCAGCCAACACCAGCGCUGAAUGCAAACUCGCCAAGGUGGCAUUGAUGACAAUUUCCUUGUGGUUCAUGGCUUGGACACCUUAUUUGGUUAUAAACUACACAGGGGUGUUUGAAAGCGCCCCGAUCAGUCCUCUGGCCACCAUUUGGGGAUCGCUCUUUGCCAAAGCUAACGCUGUGUAUAAUCCGAUUGUUUAUGGCAUCAGUCAUCCCAAAUACCAAGCAGCGUUGUAUGCAAGGUUCCCUUCAUUACAAUGCCAAUCAGCACCUCCGGACGAUGGCGGCUCCGUGGCUUCGGGUGCCACAGCUGUCUCGGAGGAGAAGCCGGCCGCGUGA